AGGCAGGUCUCCAGUUGAUCAGUCUGCUCAGGAAACUGGUGCUAGAGAAAGUCUGCAGGAGUUCAACAUAAGAGGACAGAAGUUCAGCUUUUUCUGCUCGUUUUUCCUCCUGCGGAGGACUUUACAUCCACAGAAAAAAUAACUAUUUGAAUUAUUACAAAUUAAAAAGAUUCUACAGUAAGAAAGCCUGCUGUUAAUGUGGGUAUUUAUUAGAUAGCUGCACUCCUGGAUAAAGACGCUUGGCUUUAACUGUAAAAAUCGGAUUAUCUGACUGAGACAUUGUGUUCAUUAGACCAGGAGCAGUUUUUCCCCCUUCUUCUCCUGGUGUUUCAGAAUUUUUUUUGCAGCGAUCUGAAGAGACUCCGGCGAUGUUUGUAAACUGCUGCCUCCUGGUGACAUUCAUCCUGGGGCUCUCCCGUUGCACGGGAUCCUACGUCCCCUGCGAACCUUGCGAUGAGAAGGCGCUGUCCAUGUGCCCGCCGGUUCCGGUCGGCUGCCAGCUGGUGAAGGAGCCGGGCUGCGGCUGCUGCCUGACCUGCGCCCUGGCCGAGGGGCAGGCGUGCGGCGUCUACACCGGCACCUGCACCAAGGGCCUGAGAUGCCUGCCAAGGAGCGGAGAGGAGAAGCCCCUGCACGCCCUGCUGCACGGCCGGGGAGUUUGCACCAACGAGAAGGGCUACAAACCUGCCGCCGCGCCCAGAGAUCGGGAUAGCCGGCUGGACAUGGACGCCAUGACUCCUGAAGUUACAGCAGUGGUGCAGCCAGCCAAAGUACCACUCCUUCCAAAAGACAUUGUGAACAGUAAAAAAGCGAUUGCAGUGCGCAAGGAGGAGAAGAGGAAGCUUUCCAAGCAGCGCAGCUAUAUCCCCAAUGUGGAUUACUCCCCCAUGGACAUCGACAAGCAUCACGAGCCUGAAUUUGGUCCCUGUCGGAGAAAACUGGAUGAGAUCAUUCAAAAAAUGAAGGACACUUCAAGAGUCAUGGCCCUCUCUCUCUACCUUCCCAACUGUGACAGAAAAGGAUUCUUCAAGCGUAAACAGUGCAAACCAUCUCGCGGCCGCAAGCGGGGCAUCUGCUGGUGCGUGGACAAGUACGGUGUCCAGCUGCCGGGGACGGACUACAGCGGGGGGGACAUUCAGUGCAAAGACCUGGAGAGCAGCAUCAACGAGUGAAUCAGAGGGGGGGGAGCAGGAGGACCUUCCUCAUCCCCCGUCCACUCCCCUCCCCUAUCCCCUCCCCUCAUAACUAUCACAUGACCCAGGGCCCACCAUCUUCUCUGAAUCCCACCUGUAUGCUCCGCCCUCUGCUCACAUCUAGACCUUUUUACUGAACUGAAAAAGAAGAGGGAAAAAUCUCAGAUAAACGAAGCAGGCUAAAAAGAAAAAAAGACUAAUAUAGUUGUUUUCUCUUAUCAACCAAGCACUGUUCUCUGAAAGAGGAGACCACUUUGGGACCCUUGUUUCAGCCUGGCUGCAUGAAAAGCUGCAGAAUGGUCCUUGAUGCGUUUAGAAAAUCUGCCACACGAAGAAGGAGGAGGAAGAGGAAUCAGUUGCAUGUUUUGGAACUGAUAUUUGGCCCGAGAAAUUUGGGAUUUUUGGUCUAAUGGGGUUGUGGUUUUAUCAGAGCACUUAAAAAGGGAUCCUGUUUAGAAAUGUAAACCUUUGUGUGUGAAUAUGUGAUGCGUUGGUGUAUUACAGAGUGAGCCUUUUUCAGAAAAAUACCAACAACAAAAGAAUGUUACAAUCGUCUCUUUUGUUCAAUUUCCCUAAACGAGUAAUGCCGGCGUCUGACGUGUUCUCGGACCCGGCCUUCCUCUCUAACAUUACGAAUGUGUUUGGGGACUCGGAGCAUUCAGACAGAGAGAGUAGACGGUCACAGAUGAACAUAUGUGUGUGGCUCUUCGACCAUUUAGCUAGCCUGACAUGCCAACUGUGCCUAUUUGAGCAGACACUGCCAGGCAGGGCGCCACGCAGCUCUGCUGGUGAAAACAAAGACUCUCGGCUUCAGCGACAGGAAGCAAGUUUGAUUUUUUUUCCGUGUCGGGAUUUCUUUAGGGAUCAAACUUGCCUUUCAGGCUGGUUUCCUCUCUGACUAUUUUUUUUUUUUUUUGUGGUUUUAUUUGUGCUGAUUUCUUUGCCUUCAGUGAAGUAAAAGACUGCCCUACAUUUUGAGCCAUGUUUCCCCCUCAGUACAAUGUAUUCAUGGUGUAUUACAUUACUUUUAAAUAUACUUCCUGAGUGUUGUUUUUUCCUGUAGAAAAAAAAAACAUGUAAAUGAGCUUGGAGUAAAAAAAACAAAGACUUUUGCCUGUAAAGAAUUAGAAAGUAUCCUGUUAGAGCAGCUGACGGGGCAGUUAGAGAAAGCUGCCUGCUCUCUAAGUUUUCUGCCUUUAACUCAGUGAAGCACCAUGAAAGCAUGACAGGAGCGGGUCUUUGGGCCGGUUUUUCCUUUCUGUGUGCCUUCCUACAUAUUUAGACUUACAUGCUGACGUAAAAGCAACACGGGGGGGUGGGGAUUCAGACGAGGUUUGGAGCUCUAACCGAGAGAAGCCAGUGAAUGUGGUCGGUCUUUGAAAUUGAGUCCAGCUCCGUUUGCGAUGUUGUAUAGUACCUCGGGUUAAAUUCUGGACAGGGAAGGAGCGAAACCUCCUUCUCUUCCUUGGACAACUUGAUAAGCUAAGAUUCUCACUUUUUCUUUUUAUGUGAAUGCCAAUGUUUGACGGGGAGAUACACAGGAUGCAGAAGUUGUUCAGUCUGCAAACAUGAGAGGGAAUGUGUGCAUCCAGGGGUGCUGUGCAUUAGUCCUUAGCAAUUCCUCUUCUAUUUGACUUUUGCUUCUAAGCACUCAGAAUCCCUUGAAAUCCUUAAAGAUGGUUUAAAUGAACAGUCUUUUAAUGUGCUUUUUCUUUCUUUUUUUUUGCAAUUGGCUGCAUUUUCAUUAAUUUUCCUUUCAGUAGAUUUUUUUUUCUAUUUCAACCAUGUUUCAUUCAAGGGAUGAGCGAGUCUCAUGAUCAAAGCAUUGAAAUAAAUUUCCAUGCAUAUUUGUUUACUAUUUUCUAUAGAUAUUAAAUGAUAAUUUAUUUCAAGUGACUUUGGUUCUAUAUCCCAUGUUGGGUUAAUUUUCUCAUAUGAAAUAUGACCAAAUAUUGCCCCUGAUCCAACUAGAAUAACUAUAGACUACCGGCCUUUGUCUAUAGAAAAUAACAUAUAAUGAAUCUAAUUUACUGUCUGGCUUCGGUUGAACAUUUGUUUUUGUUUUCACAUACAAGCCCCGUACGACUGUAAAUGACACUUGCCUCUGUAUUGAUAUAGAUUUUAUACAAGGAAACCUAGAAUUGUGCAGCUCAAACCAGUUUCCCAUUUAAAACCCAGCUACCCCCUAUAUUAAGGGUUUCAAAUGUUUUUUUUUUCACACGUAAAUUGUAUUUAUUCAGAACAACUCAGUACCUAUCCAGCCAGAGAAAGAAUCUACAUGGGGACCAACAUGCACAUGUUGGAUGGGCAGUAGACGAUCCCCUGAAGUUCUCAUCACUGGUCAUGUACUGGGCUUAAAAAGAGUGAGAAAGGAGCCAAGAUCCAAGUAGAACGUUUGAAUGACCCCCAAAAAGCCAGAAGACUUGUUGAUUAGAAUCAAUUUAAAGGAUUGGAGAAACACCUGACUGCAUGCAAAAAAAUGUUGUUUUUUUUUUAAAUUAGGUUUUGUUUAAAACUUUUGCACAGCACCAUAUCUUGUUUCUGGUUGUAAAAACCACAUCAAGGCUCCAAAUCCCAACUUCACGUAUAGGGCAAAACAGCUUGCACUUAUUUCAUGUACUCACUACAGAACCUAAUGCACAACAGCAUCUUGAAAUGUGGUUUCAUGGUGUCAGGCGAACCACAAACUAAACCACGGUGAGCUUACCUUUCCGAAACAAUGUUUGGAAGUUUUGAUUUAGUGACAGGGGCUGAUGAAGCUCCUGCCUGGGAAUCUGGAGAGUAGCUGCAUUUCUUUAGAAAAAGAAAAAAAAAAAGAGGGAGAUGUUGCACAGAAAUGACAGCUGAUCCAGAGAGGGCAGCAGGAGGAAAAGGACCAGGAGCAGGCUGUGGUCACUGUUAGGGCUUAGCCACUUUCCCGAUGAGGGAGUCACCAAUUUCACCACUUUAGAUACAGUUAGUGAAACAGAAACAGGGAGUUUGGGAAAUCUGGGGCAUUUAACGCAACAAUCAAGAGAAUUGAGGUGGUUGUUAGUUCCUCUUAGUGAAUUAAAACAAAUGAAGAUCUGAUCUCUGAAGAUCUUUUGAAUGUUUUAACCCCAGAUUUCCUAAUCUCCAACAUGGUUUAAACUCAUACUUCAUUAUUCAGUAGGACAGUUAACAGAACAGCUUCUUUUGUUCAGAGUACAUAACAGUUUUUGGUUGUAAAGAGACAAUUGGUUUUCAUAAUUUGGUGUUCUCCGGCAUUUGAGACGGAACCAUCGGUGGCAGUGGGAAACAUUGGUCAGUAUUUGGAGCUACAUACGACAAAUACAGAAACAAAAA